AUGGCAUCGGAGAAACGUCCCUCCAUCGCCAUCCCAUCAAUUGCCACAUCCGGCCGGCAAGUCAGUCCUUCGCCACACGGCUUGAGGCAGCGGCCGUUGGGAAGAGCAUCUACCUUUGCGGAAAACAACCCUCAGCUCAGUCGCCGUCGAAGUUCAUUCCUCUCUGAAACCUUUUCGGAGACGCGUAAAUCGCUGCGCUCGUCUACGGAUGAUAUACUCCUGCCGCGGGCGCGUGACGAUGAUGACUUUCACGACCAUGACGACAAUUCUCACUGGCAGUCUUUGCCACUCGGUCUUGCUCUGCUUCCCGCUGUGGGUGGGAUGUUUUUCAAGAACGGUAGUGCUGUCAUUACGGAUGUGACAUUGCUGGGCUUGGCCGCAAUAUUCAUGAACUGGGCCCUCAGAUCUCCUUGGGACUGGUAUCGUGCAGCCCAAUCCACUGUGAUGGCAGACGCAGCCACCCCUCCCGUAUUCAGUCCGAUCGAUGAAGCGGGCGAGGAUCAGGAUCCGCUAUCAGUGAAUGGAAGCGGCGAAGACGGUACCGGUAAAGCGACGGCCCGCACUGAAGCUGCUCGUGCUGGGCUUGGUACUGAGAGUUCAGCUGCGCAGAAAGAGCUCCGUGCCCACGAGCUCCUGGCAUUGCUUUCUUGUUUUGUAUUUCCUCUGAUCGCCGCAUGGCUUUUACACAGCAUCAGAUCCCAGCUCUCACGACCGUCGGAGGGCUUGGUCUCAAAUUACAAUCUCACCAUAUUCAUAUUGGUUGCCGAGAUUCGACCCAUCUCUCACCUGAUAAAGAUGGUGCAACGCAGAACCCUAUUCCUUCAACGGCGAGCGAACAUUGAUCUUCUCAGAGAGUCAAGUCGGAUAGACACUCAGCAAAUUCGCGAUGUCUCCCGCAGGUUGGAUGAUCUCGAGACACAUAUCGCGGACCGCAUUGCCGGCACCGGAAAACAGAAAGAGGAUCAUGAAAAUCACGCACUUGUAACUCAAGCCUCUACAGCAGCCACAUCUGAGAUCAGGAAAACUAUACAGCCAGAGCUAGACGCCUUGAACAGGGCCAUGCGUCGUUAUGAGAAAAGAUCCACAAUCUCAUCUGUGCAGAUCGAGGCAAGGCUACAAGACCUUGAAACACGCUUGCAUGAUGUGGUUGCUCUGGCUGCGGCUGCACAGCGUAACGCCGAUCGGAUCCCCAACAACUACGUUCUCAUUCUGGCAAAUUGGGUCUGUGGUGCAGUUGUCGUCCCUGUGCAAUAUCUGCUCUAUUUGUCCAGUCUUCCAUCAAAGGCGUUGUCAUCGGUCAUCGCAGUUCCAAAAGGGUACAUGACAAAGAAGUCGAGACCCCAAACAGCGAAAGAAGGUCGCCCAUCUCGCAAGGGUCCGCCGACUCGUUCUUUGGAGCGCGAACGAAGAGCGAAGGUCCCCCCUUGA